GCCGCGGGGGCCAGUGCCAAGAUGUCGACAGCGGCGGUUCCGGAGCUGAAGCAGAUCAGCCGGGUGGAGGCGAUGCGCCUGGGCCCGGGCUGGAGCCACUCGUGCCACGCCAUGCUGUACGCCGCCAACCCCGGGCAGCUCUUCGGCCGCAUCCCCAUGCGGUUCUCGGUGCUGAUGCAGAUGCGCUUCGACGGGCUGCUGGGCUUCCCCGGGGGCUUCGUGGACCGGCGCUUCUGGUCGCUGGAGGACGGACUGAACCGGGUGCUGGGCCUGGGCCUGGGCUCCCUGCGCCUCACCGAGGCCGACUACCUGAGCUCACACCUGACCGAGGGCCCGCACCGCGUCGUGGCGCACCUGUACGCGCGGCAGCUGACGCUGGAGCAGCUGCACGCCGUGGAGAUCAGCGCGGUGCAUUCGCGCGACCACGGCCUGGAGGUGCUGGGCCUUGUGCGGGUCCCACUGUACACCCAGAAGGACCGAGUCGGAGGCUUUCCCAACUUCCUGAGCAACGCCUUCAUCAGCACUGCCAAGUACCAGCUCCUCUUCGCCCUCAAGGUGCUCAACAUGAUGCCCGAGGAGAAGCUGGCUGAGGCUGUGGCUGCAGCCACAGAGAAGCAGAAGAAGGCCCUGGAGAAGCUGCUCCCAGCUUCCUCCUGAGGUGGUUCCUGUGCCAGCUGUCGCCCUCCCCACUGGCAGCCAUAUCUGUGCCCACUGGCCGAGAAGACUUGGCCCUGGGAGUCCUGGGAAAGUGUGUCUUCUAGCGCGUUUCUGUGUUUGCCCUUCUGACUGCAUGGGGAGGGCAGGCAUCUCGUCAUCUCCGCUGUCCCAAGCAGCCAUCAGGCGGUGGCUGGGCCAGCUGGGACCCGGCCCGUCCUCUCAGGUUGGUCAGUGGGCAGUCUGGGCACAUUGGGCCUGGCUCUUGAGGCUCAGGACGUUCGUGCCCACCCCAAAGCUCAAACUCUCCUCAGUGGCAUCUCGCCACGUAGUGCUCGCUCGUCCAAGCGGUAGGUGCACGGCUCUCAGGCCAUUCGGAGGACGGCUUGCUCUGGUGGAGGCGGCUUUGUCCAGGCCCGCUCAUUCCUGCAUCCUUCCCGAGCCAGGCCCAGGGUCUGGGGAAGAGCCAGCUUCGGGUAGGACGUUAUACUGUUAAUUUUGGUUGUCAUUGGAUUUCCUUGGUUAGGUGUUUCUCAUUCGCAAUGUGUGAACUAUGAGUGAAGCUUCGAAGUGGCUUUUCCCCACUGUGGCUUGGUUCGCAGGAUGGUCGGGGCCUCAGGGACCCAGCUACGUAUGGAGUUGUUGAAGGAGAAAAAGACAAUAAAUGA